AUGAGUGAAGAGAAAAUCAACUCAACUUUUCAAGAAUCUCCAGUGGAGGUGUCUCCAGCAGAUGACGGUGAAAUUCUCGAAGUCCGUCACUACACUCCACAAGAAAUCGCAGCUAGUGGUAAAUGGUACGAUCAAAGAUAUUUUGGCUUACCAAGCUAUUCAAACUCGCUUGUCCAAGUGGUGAUGCUCUCGUUCGUCUUAUUCUUAUGUCCUGGUUGUUUCAAUGCUAUCACCGGUCUUGGGGGUUCUGGUAUUUCUGAUGCAGUCGUUGCUGAUCAUCAAAAUAUUGCGUUGUACUGUACAUUCAGUGUGGGGAUUUAUUCUGGAAUUGUCGUCAAUAAAUUGGGCCCAAAGAUCUGUUUGAUGAUUGGUGGUUCUGGGUACUUGAUCUACGUGGCUUCGUUAUUGAAUUACCAAAGAAACCAAAACGUCGGGUUCUGCAUUUUCGCUGGUGCUUACUUAGGGGUGUGUGCUUCUUUGACCUGGGCAGUUCAAGGAUCUAUGAUCAUGUCAUAUUCCUCCGAAGAUAGAAAAGGGUUAUUUUUCGCGGUUAACUGGAUUAUUUUCAACGUUGGUACCGUUAUCGGUAGUUGUAUUCCUUUAGCUCAAGCCAUCCAAACUGGUACUAGUAGUGCGUCCACCGGAACUUUUGCUGCAUUCAUGGCCCUCGUCGGAUGCGGAAUCGUUGUUGCCUCAUUGUUGUUGCCAAUGGAUAAGGUCUACAAGUUGGACGGUUCGAAGGUGGUGGCCUCAAAAUACCCAUCUAUUAAGAGUGAAUUAAAGGGAAUGUACCAUGUUUUGGUUCGCGAGCCUAAGAUUUAUCUCUUGAUUCCAAUGUUCGCUACUUCCAACUGGUACUAUACUUACCAAUUUAACGAUUUCAAUGGCGGUGGGAAAUUCGACUUGAAAGCAAGAUCUCUUAACUCUUUGCUUUAUUGGUUUUCCCAAAUGGUGGGGGCUUUGCUUUUAGGUGUUAUCUUGGAUUGGGGUCGCUUUCGUCGUUCUGUUCGUGCUAAAAUCGGAUGGGUUGUGGUGUUUGUCUUAGGAAUGGCAAUCUGGGGUGGUGGUCUCAAGUUCCAACUUGGCUAUGACAGAGACUCUAAACUCACAGCCAUGAGUUUCAACGACCGUGGAUAUAUUGGCCCAAUGUUCUUGUACAUGUUCUACGGGAUGUUUGAUGCUAUGUACCAAAGUUUCAUUAUUUGGAUUCUUGGAUCAAUGUCUAAUAACCCACGUAAAACUGCCAUCUACGCCUCUUUGUACAAGAGUUUCCAAUCCGCAUUCGCCGCUAUUGUUUGGGCCUUGGAUUCCCGGAAAGUCAGUUUCAUGGCCCUUUUCGGUUCAAGUUGGGGUAUGUGCGGUGGUUCUUUGCUUAUUGCUGUUCCAUUAGUCUUCUUUAUGAUCACCGACCAUACUGAUAUGGAAAAAGAUGGUAUGAAAGAAAUCUUAGAAGAUGAUGUUGUGGUGGUAAAGACCAUAGAAGAAAGAGAAAUCAAAGCCGAAGAUGCUUAG